CAGUUACGAGGCAGACCACAUCUGCAACACUCACACUGCACUCAUCAUCUUGUUUUCCAUCGUUUUUUCUUCCAAUCAUGGUGCUGGGGUCUCUUCUCUUCCUGGCUGUUCUUCUUCCAGCAGGCGUCCUCCUCAAGAGAAAUGACGCCUCCGUCCAGCCUCCCUCUGACUCCGAGCAGCCCUCUGAGGCUCAGAUCUACAAGCCGGUCCUGCAGCCCUCUGAGGCCGUUCCUCCAAUAGGGACCUACAUGCUGAAAAACCAACUUGGGACACCCUGCAUCAAAGCUACUAUGGGGGUGGAGUACAUCGUCAUGGAAAAGAAGAGCUGGUAUUUCAACCUGGACCCGUCCAGAGUCAGGACCAGCGGCCGCUGUGACGACAGAGAUGCUGUUCUCUCACUCACUCUGCCAGACAACGCUGCCAGUCUGCAGCUCUACUUCAAAAAGGAGAAGACUCUUUUCUACGUCACCAAGAUGAUGGCUCACGUGUCCCCUAUGCCGAUCUGCAAAGGAUGUUCCAAUAAGACGUACUCGGGUUUGGUGGACCACGAGAAGCUAUUCAAAACAGCUGACGGACAGAGUUUCAAGUGCAAUUCUGAGAAUCUGCUCCUGAUGUCGUCGCAGCUGCAGAUCAAGCUGGUUCCUGUGCAGAUGCAGGCCUUCACGCUGUCCAGGGGACAGUAUGGAAAAGAGAACGAGUGUUGGGCCGACUUCAACAAGCGAGUUAUUCCCAUCAUCAUCGGGGCCACAGUGGUGGGCGUCCUUCUGAUCGCCGGGCUGACCUACCUGUUCAUCAAAGACCGCCGCAGACAAGGAUAUGACAGUCUCUGAGCUGAAGCCGGAUGAGGAUUUACUCCAGCUCAUGCAGUGUUUCAUACUCAGUUACUGUUAUGAAAUGUUCUCAAUAAUCUGCUUAACUUGAAUUGUUCUUUUAACGAUAAGAGAAAGGUCUUAUGUCUAAUAUUCUGCUGUAAAUGCAAAAAUGUUACAUUUAUCUAUCUGACUAGUAUUUGUUUUUUUUUUGUUUUUUUCUUCUGUUCUCUUUGGAACAUUAUUAGAUUUUGCAAGUCAUUGAAGCUUGAUUCUGUUUUCAGUGAUAAUGGAGUGCUCUUUUUUGUAAUAGUUGGAUUUAUUGCAUAUUCAGCAGUUAUUUAAUAAAAGGGAAAGGACUGAAAA